GUUUAUGAAUACGCGGAUGGGGAGGGAUGUGGGACAUUUAUGACUUACUCUGUCUCCUGCAAAGUGUUUGUGUCGGUGUGUCGUACCUGUUUCGUGUGGAAUUCCGCUUUCGAGGGGCUUAAACACAAAACCUGAGGCUGGAGGUGAUGUGACAGAGGAGAGGCUCACAAACUUGAGGAAGACAUGAGGAUUGUGGGACUGUGGAGGAGAACCGGCAGGAGAACCCAGACCCCAUGUCCUGAGGGGUCCUGUCUGAUAAUGCAGCUCCUACUGGUGCUGCCUGUCUGCUCUGCUUUCCGGCCCGAGACCGUCCCCAGGCUGCAGCUCCGCUACGCAGACCUGCAGUCCAGCAACAGCACGGCGGUGUUCUGGGGCAAUGAAGUGAACGGCGGGUAUCAGUCGCUGCUGCUGGAUGAGGACCGAGGCUGGCUUCUCGUCGGGGGUCGCGACCGCGUCUACAUGCUGCGCUGCGACGAUCUCCUCCGGCCCGCACGUGAGAUUUAUUGGCCUGCUCCGAGGGAACACAUUGAACAUUGCACAUUGGCAGGGAAGAGCGCAGAGGUGGACUGCAUGAAUCACAUCAGGCUGCUGCAGACCUUUAAUAAAACCCAUGUGUAUGUGUGCGGAACCGGGGCGUACCACCCGAUGUGUGCCUACAUCGACCUGGGCCAUAGUACCGAGGAGCCCUUGUUCCAACUGCUGUACCAUACAGUGGAAUCUGGGCGUGGGAAGUGCCCAUACAGCCCGCAGGAGCCCUUCACGGCCAAGCUCUCCGAUGGAAACCUGUAUGCCGGCACAUCUGUAGACUUCAUGGGCACCAACGCCGCCAUCUUUCGUACAUCUGUGUACGGCAGCAACCAGCACUACAUCCGCACUGAGGCCUACCAGGACCACUGGCUUAAUGAGCCACAGUUUGUGGGCUCCUUCUCCAUCCCAGACACACACAGUCAGGACGAUGACAAGAUCUACUUCUUCUUCAAGGAGACAGCGGUGGAGUCAAACCAAUGGGACAGACACAUCUACAGCCGGGUGGCCAGGGUGUGCAAGAAUGACAUCGGGGGGAAGAGAAGCCUGAUUAAUCGCUGGACUACCUUCCUGAAGGCCAGGCUGGUGUGCUCAGUGCCAGGGCUGGAGGGCUUGGACACGCACUUUGAUGAGCUGGAGGACAUCUUUGUUCUAGAAACAAAAGACUCCCAGAACCCAGUCAUCUACGGAGUCUUCACCACUUCCAGCUCCGUGUUCAGGGGCUCGGCCGUCUGUGUCUACUCCAUGGCGUCCAUCCGGGCUGCCUUCAGUGGGCCCUUCUCCCACAAAGAAGGGCCCAAUUACCGCUGGAUGGAGUACAAAGAGCGAGUGCCUUACCCACGGCCUGGAACGUGUCCCAGUGAAACCUACGACCCGCUCCACAAGUCCACCCGCGACUACCCGGACGAAGUGGUCAGCUUCAUGAGGGGACACCAGCUCAUGUGGGAACCUGUGCUACCCAUCAACAGAAGACCCGUGUUUAUGAGAGUGAGCGCCCCCUACAGGCUGCAGAAAAUAGUGGUAGACCGGGUUGAUGCAGAGGAUGGCCAAUACGACGUACUUUACUUGGGCACAGACAACAGCAAGCUUCUGAAAGUGAUUUCCAUCUUGAAGGAGAACUGGGAGACGGAGGAGGUCGUCCUGGAGGAGCUGACGGUGUUUCCGAAGCCCACACCGAUCCUGAACAUGGAGCUGUCAACUAAAAGGCAGCUCCUGUACGUGAGCAGUGAUGUGGGCGUGGUCCAGCUCCCCCUGCAGCGCUGUCAACUCUACGGCCAGGCCUGUGCUGACUGCUGCCUGGCCAGAGACCCCUACUGCGCUUGGGAUGGCGCCACCUGCAACAGCUACUUCCCGAGUAACAAGAGACGUGCUCGUCGACAGGACGUCAGGCACGGGGACCCGCUGAGUCAGUGUCACGACUUGGGAGAUGGUCUAGGGGUGGUGGAGGAAAAGGUCAUCUAUGGGGUGGAGGGUAACGCCACCUUCUUGGAGUGCGUGCCUAGGUCCCAGCAGACAGCGAUCAGAUGGAGGGUACAGUUUCCUUUAGCCCAAACCAGCAGUGAUCUUCUGCAGAGCGAUGAGCGAAUCGGGCACAUGAAGCGCGGCAUCCUCCUUCAGCGCUUAGAGCCGGGAGACUCGGGCCUCUACACCUGCCUGGCCCAGGAGCACUCCUUCACCAGCACACUGGCCCGCUACAACCUGCGCGUCAUAUCCCAGCAGCAAGUCGCGGCUGGCAGCGUUUCGGCCGCAGAGAGGCUUGGGGAGCCGGUGGCUGGCGCUGACGAUGCAGAUGCUCCGGGGAACGGUGCCGGGAUCCAUGUCUCGCACGGACAUCAGAUCACCAAGAGCUACAAGGAUUUACACCACAUGGGCAUGAGUGCGGACGAGUACUGCGAACAGAUGUGGUACCGUGAGAAGCGGCGGCAGCAGAAGCUCCGCAAUCUGAAGUGGAAGCAGGACGGUAAAAAGGCCAGAGUGCGACGGCAGGACCCCCCACAGCCCUCACCGUGACAACGCACUGCAACGCUGGGAUAAAUUUUAACUGAUUCUUUUUGCACAUCACCCGACAUGAGUGAUUUGACUACAUGCUUUUUAUACAAACCAUCCUCCGCAAACGGCUGGAAACCUUCUCUAACCUCAGCAUUCAGCAUAAAGGGAAUCCCUUUAUAUUCAGCGCUUGCUUAAUCCUAAAAUGUUGAUUCUCCCUUGCGGAGAUCAAUGUCUUCUGUCAAUGAACAGCUUUAAGCGAAUCUGUAUGUAUAACUGAAAAACUGCGUUUUUCUCAUUGAACGUAAAAAAUGUAGGCUACGCUUUGACAAAGCGUCUCAUGCUGCAAUAAAUUACAAAGCACUACUGUAACAGCGCACUUAUUCUUGCCAUAGGCAAGAGUUGUGUGUUCUUUUCGGAGGCUUCAGAUUGGCCUGUUUAGAAUCAGGAAUAUCUGAAGGUUAAGCCAUCGAAAAAGUCAAAAAGAUAUGUUCAUUCCACUUUAGCAACAUUUAAUGCAGAAACUUUAGAUUCAGAUUGCUGACAGGUGCUGUGGUAUCUAUGAAAAAUGUUUGUUCUCCGUACCGGAAAGUGAGAGUAAACGGCUUUGAUUUGCCUGCAGGUAAUUAACCAUGUACAUUGUUUUCGACGUGCAGUACAGAAUACAUAAUCUUCCCCUGUAUUUCCAUGUUGAAUAAAAAUUUUAUGCGAAAGAUAAAAGCAUGAGUAGAUUAUAAAUGUUCUUAGAUUAGAAUUCGUGUAGCGCAUUAAUUUAGACAGAGGCAAUACUUUUAAGAAGAUAUGAACAUCUGUGGUAGAAUGUACUAGAAACUAUUUACAGAUAUGGAAAAGGUAAAACAUUGCUUUUCCCACAUACAUAUCAAGCUAUUUAUUGCUGCCCUAGAGUAUUUUCAAAAACUAUGCUAGCUCAAGUGGCCAAUUUUUAAUGCGAACAAAGAGAGUAUAUCUGUACUGAAUGCAGUUCCACUCAAGACCACCCUCAAGGAAGCUAAUGUAAAUGAUGACGAAGAUGGGUCAUGUGAUCUUACACUUAUUUAGUAAGGAUGUAUGUGCCCCUGUUAGUGAACAGUAUAAUUCUAUUUCGCAACAGCUGCUUCUGAGUUCAAACUGAGUACUCUGUGUAAUGUAAAAAUGGGUUGAGUAGACGUAUGUUCAUCCAUUGAGAUGGCAUUUCAAGGGCAUUUAUGUGUGAUGCACAUAUUUACUCAUAAUCAGAAAUCAAAACAUUUUAUAGAGGUGUCAUUAAGCACUUGAUAUAAAUGUAUAUUUAUGUGUGUUUAAGCCUUAUUCUAACAAUACCGUUUUUGGAACAUGACAGUUUUUUUAUUUUAACGGAAGUUAGUAGUGUUAAUUAUAGAAUUGCUUGUGAUGUUCAUAUUUUUUACACAAAUUAACUGAGGUUGUUUUGAACAAAUGUUUUUAUUUUGUUACGUUAGUAUUAAAAAACAACAUGUAAACUUGAAUUAUACUACUGUGAGUUGGUGCUGUUAAAGUAUAAGGGCUUCAAACUGCAUGAUCGAUACAGUAUCAACGCGAUUAGUAGGCGCAUCUUAUAUUUACUAUAUUUAAUUAACAUUUCUGUGUAUGCAUACCAUUUUUGAACACCGUCAGAUUCUAUGUCAACACUAAAAAAAUUGAACUGCCCAUUGUACCUGUCCGAAUGACAUAUUCAGUUUAGGUGUUUUUCAACAAUAAAUAUUUUUUACAUAAAAAUAA